UAACGAGAAUGUGGUGAAAAUAUGCAGACGAUAUGGUCGGAAACGAAGAGCAGUCUGAAAAUUACAACAACAACAUCUUCGAAGAACUGACAGAUAAAAGCAACAAAAUAUGCCAUCUCUUUGUGUGACAACUUCUGUUGAUGCAGUUGAUACACUAAGGAAUAUUCUAGCAGAGUUACAGCUAAAUGAUCCUACAAGAAGACUCAAGUUCCUCAAGGGUGAAAAUCUUGUUGCUAUUCCAAUCAAAGACAUAGAUUUACACACAGAAUUCUGUACAGCAGACUUGAAGAAAAAGAUAACAAGUCAUGAAAUAUAUAGCAUUGAGGAGAGCAAAGUGGACAUAAGGACUGUAAAUCUACCUCUUGCCAAAAAGUUUACAGUAAAGACUCCACUUCAAUUGUUGAAAGAAGAUUUAAAAUGUCUUAUUGACAAACAUGGUUACGAGUGGACAGAGGAUGUUGUGAAAGACAUACCUAGUCACUGGGAGAGACAUGGUGACCUUGUUCUUAUUCCUAGUACAGCAUUCACACUUCCUGUGUGGACUGGCCUGGGUUCAGAGGUGUGGUCCACAGUAUUAAGAUGUUUGUCAUGUAAUAGAUUGGCAAAGAAAUGCCCUGUCUCCAUAGACCAAUACAGGACACCUCAAGUAAUAAUGUUACAUGGCAACAGCGGUUGGGUGGAGCAAACUGAUAAUGGUAUAAGGUAUACUUAUGAUGUAACCAAGUGUAUGUUUAGUGCAGGUAACAUCACUGAGAAACUCCGUGUAGCAGGUUUCAAAUGUAACGGGGAGAUUGUGGUGGAUUUAUAUGCAGGUAUUGGUUAUUUCACACUUCCAUAUUUGGUAUAUACUGGAGUCAAGCAUCUGCAUGCCUGUGAGUGGAAUCCAGAUGCUGUAGAAGCUUUACGCAGAAAUCUCUCCAUGAAUGGUGUUGAAGACAAAUGUACAGUUCACCUUGGUGACAAUAAACAGGUUUGCCCGGAAGGUGUUGCUGACAGAGUGAACCUUGGUUUGAUACCGAGCUCUCGUGAGGGUUGGCCAGUGGCAUGCGCAGCACUCAGACCUGAUACAGGUGGGAUAAUGCAUAUUCACUACAAUGUAAAUACUAAACCUGAGGUUGAGAAUGGUUGCCAUAGUGACAAACCUCAGCAGUUGUUUAGAUGUGAAGCCAAAAGCAGCAGACCAGUUGAUACUAUACCAGUCGAUCAUAAAAAUGCUUUCCAUAUGACUUGUCAGAAUAUAAGUGGAAACCCUGAGUUAUGUAACAUUCAAACAGAUCCUUAUGUUACAGUUGGAAAUGCAAUAGACAUGAUUGGUAGUCAGCCAGAUUCUUGUGUAAGAGAGGAAAUUGUAACAGAUAUUAAUGAUGAUGUAAGGAGAAAAGCAAGUGUUGUACACGAGAUAGGCAUUGAUGACAAAGUUAGAGAAAAAACUAAAAACACAAAUGAGAUUGGUGAUUAUAUAGCAGAAGAAAACAAUAGCUUUAUAGGAAAAGCAAACGUAACCAGUGGUGCAAGAAACACAGAAGAUGUUUUAACCAAUAUAAACAAUGAAGAUACAGACCAGCAUAAGAAACCAGCUGACAAACAGUCUUUACAUGAAACAUGUUCAGAUGACAAAUGUUCUCUUGAAAACGCAUUAUCCUGUAAUUGUGAAAGAACUGCAGUAAAUAGUGAAUGCUGUAAACUUUCUAGAAAUAAAUCUGAUAAUAACAAGACUAGGCUGAAAAAUUCAAAAUGGUAUUCCUGGGCACAGCUUACAGCUGUCGAAGUAAGAGACAUGUUACAGAGAAUACAUGGCAAUGUGUGGAAUACAGAUAUUUUACAUAUUGAACAUGUGAAAUCAUAUGCACCUUAUGUUGAUCAUGUUGUGUUAGAUCUGAAAUGUAAACCAGUUGUUUAAUAGAUAAAACACAGAGGGGAUUAUGUUAAAUGCAGUAACAAUUUUCCUUAUUUUCUUUGCAAUUUGUUUGCUGAAAUCACAUGACAGAUCUAUGCUCGACAUGUAGGUAGCAUUUUCAUAAUGAAACAAUAACAUUACAGAAUUUGUCAUGGAUACUUAGAUCAUACACCACCACUGCAAUUUGGGUGAUUUUGCAGUCUGUGUGGUUUACUGAAAAUAUUUCUUGCAUCAAACAUGAACCCACUUUUCUUUAGAUUUUUAUUCAGCACUGACAAUAUUCUUCAAGAUAAUGUAAGUUACAGACAUUUAAAAUGGAUCCUAAUUUGUGCUGCAGCCAUUGGAAAUAUGUCAGUUUUAUAUAGAAUAAAGAACAGCUCUUUUGUGUGUUUUAACCUUGAAUCAAAUUUUACCAGAGAAAUUGUAGAUCAUAAUGAUACAAUGUUUAAUUUGUUUGAAAAAUAAAAUUAUUUCAAUGAAACUUAUAUUGAAGUAUCACUUAAUGCUCUUGCCAUUAAUUAUGGGACGUACAGUAUUAUCCCUGACUGUGUUUUUAGCUCACCUGAGCAAUGCUCAGGUGAGUUUUUCUGAUCACUCGAUGUCCGGCGUCUGUCUGUCGUCUGUCUGUCCGUCAACAUUUAGCUUGUGUAUGCGAUAGAGGCUGUAUUUUCAACUGAUCUUCAUGAAAUUUGGUCAGAAUGAUUACCUUGAUGAAAUCUAGGCCGAGUUCGAAAAUGGGUCAUCUGGGGAUAAAAACUAGGUCACUAGGUCAAAUCAAAGAAAAACCUUGUGUAUGCGAUAGAGGCUGUAUUUUUCAAUUAAUCUUCAUGAAUUUUGGUCAGAAUGAUAACCUUGAUGAACUCUAGGCCGAGUUUGAAAAUGGGUCAUCUGGGGUCAAAAACUAGGUCACUAGGUAAAAUCAAAGAAAAACCUUGUGUAUGCGAUAGAGGCUAUAUUUUUCAAUUGAUCUUCAUGAAAUUCAGUUAGAAUGAUUGCCUUGAUAAAAUCUUGCUCAAGUUUGAAUAUGGGUCAUCUUGGGUGAAAAAUUAGGUCACUAGGUCAAAUCAAAGAAAAACCUUGUGUAUGCGAUAGAGGCUGUAUUUUUCAAUUGAUCUUUAUGAAAUUUGGUCAGAAUUAUUGCCUUGAUAAAAUCUAGGUUGAAUUUGGUUAUUGGUCAUCUGUGGUCAAAAACUAGGUCACUAGGUUUAAUCAAAGAAAAACGUUGUGUAUGCAAUAGAGGCUGUAUUUUUCAAUUGAUCUUCAUGAAAUUUGGUCAGAAUGAUUGCCUUGAUGAAAUCUAGGCCAAGUUUGAAUAUGGGUCAUCUGGGGUCAAAAACUAGGUCACUAGGUCAAAUCAAAGGAAAACCUUGUGUAUGUGAUAGAGGCUGUAUUUUUCAAUUGAUCUUCAUGAAAUUUGGUCAGAAUGAUUGCCUUGAUGAAAUCUAGGCCAAGUUUGAAUAUGGGUCAUCUGGGGUCAAAAACUAGGUCACUAGGUCAAAUCAAAGGAAAAUCUUGUGUAUGUGAUAGAGGCUGUAUUUUUCAAUUGAUCUUCAUGAAAUUUGGUCAGAAUGAUUGCCUUGAUAAAAUCUAGGUCCAGUUAGAAUAUGGGUCGUCUGGGGUUAAAAACUAGGUCACUAGGUCAAAUAAAAAGAAAUACUUGUGUUUGCUCCAAUUUUAAUGAUACUUAGUCUGAAUAUUUUUUUCCAUGCAAUCACGAGGUCUAUGUUUACACUGUUAUGGUGUAUUAUGGUGUGUUUCUCAGGUGAGCGACCUAGGGCCAUCUUGGCCCUCUUGUUUGUACAUGCCUGACAAAAUGUUCAGAAAAUUAUCCAGCCCAGAAGCUUGUGGUGUAUGGUAGGAUAUCUGGAUUACUUAUCCAUAUCUAACCCUGUACACAGGAUUGACCUGUUGUGCCAUUUCUAGUCUAGCAGCACUGCGCUAAGGUUCCUUGCUGUUUGUUAAAAUUAUCGCAGUAUGCAAUGCCACUCCUUUUUACAGCUUCUGCUGACUUAAGAGACAGGUACAAGUGAGAGUUGUUUGUAUGAAUAAAUGAAGCAUUACGUGACACCUGCAAGUUUUACUCACAGGUUUAGUGUACAUUAUGUGACUUGGGUGGCAGCAUGAUGUACCCAGCAC